AUGGCAGUAUCAAAGCAAGCGCUGGACGAACUCGCGAUCACGGAAGCUGAAUACGAGGCGAUUGUCGAGAGGCUCGGCAGGGAGCCUAACCACCUGGAACUUGGGCUGUUCGGCUCACUUUGGAGCGAGCACUGCGGCUACAAGCACUCCAAGCCGUUGCUGCGACUGCUGCCCAGCGACAGCCCGCGCCUGCUUGUAACGCCCGGCAGCGAGAACGCGGGCGUGGUGGACAUUGGGGACGGACUUGCCAUCGUCAUGAAGAUCGAGUCGCACAACCACCCAUCGGCAAUCGAGCCGUAUGAGGGCGCUGCGACAGGCGUCGGCGGGAUAGUGCGCGACAUAUUCGCCAUGGGAGCGAGGCCUAUUGCGCUCAUGAACUCCCUGCGGUUUGGUUCGCUGGACGAUGCGCGCAAUCGCUAUUUGUUCGGCGGCGUAGUUGCGGGCAUAUCCGGCUAUGGCAACUGUAUCGGAAUCCCCAAUGUGGGCGGCGAGGUGUGCUUCUCAGACUCUUAUUCCGGCAACCCUCUGGUCAACGCCAUGUGCGUGGGCAUAAUCAGGGCGGGAGAAUUGGUGCGCGCAACAACCGGAGGGCCGGGAAGCCUGCUGAUGCUCGUUGGCUCCGACACUGGGCGUGACGGCAUCCACGGCGCAUCCGGGCUAGCGUCCCGCACUUUCGAGGAGGAGCGCGAACUGCGUCCCACGGUGCAGGUUGGCAACCCUUUUAUGGAGAAGUCGCUGAUCGAAGCGUGUCUUGAAGUCAUCAAGACCGACCACAUCAUCGGACUGCAGGACCUCGGCGCGGCUGGUCUGACCAGCGCAUCUGUGAAGCAGCAUCCAACGGCGCGAGCGGCAUAG